GCUGAAUUGCUAGAAGGCCUCGUCAUCCUGUCAACCCCAUCUGCGCAUCUUAGCUCGAUCUUAGGCCAUAAAUGGCAACCUGUGCAUGAUCAUACGCUAGUGUUGGAUGAGAUUCGACCUACAGUGUUUCUUAGCAAAGUCCUACACUUCUGUGCGUAGAAAUCAAAUUUCAACAUGGUUCACUUCCUUUCCACCAGUACUAUCCGACCCACCAGUAACAAUUACUCAACCAGAAGAAUCGAGUUAACUCCAUGGGAUCUCCGCCUCCUCACAUACGGUCCUAUUCAAAGGGGCCUCAUCUUUCUCAAACCUGCAACUUCACAGGAGCAACAACUUGAAGAAAACAAUGUGAUUCAUCACCUACAAUCCUCUCUCUCCCGCACACUGGAUAUAUUCUAUCCCCUUGCUGGGCGUCUUGCCAUGAUUGAGAACAGUGAAGAUAACACCACCUCCUUCUUCAUUGACUGCAAUAACCAUGGAGCCCAGUUCGUCCAUGCAACUGCAGAGGGUACUACUAUGGCUGAUAUCCUUGAGCCUAUCUAUCUUCCCCAGAUUGUCGAUUCCUUCUUUCUUAUGAACGGUGUUCUGAACUGCGAGGGCAUUUCCAAGCCGUUGCUGUCAGUGCAAGUAACUGAGCUUGUUGACUGCAUCUUCAUCGGUUGCACUCUAAACCAUGCGGUUUGUGAUGGAACCACGUUCUGGCAUUUCUUUAAUACUUGGUCUGAGAUUUCUCGAGGCACUUGCGAGAAAUUGCAACCGCAUCCCAUAUUUGAACGUAGCCAUUUUGACGGAAUCAUCAACUUUCCAGUUCAUAUACCAAAUAUCCUUGAAGAAAAGACUCAGAAGUUGGUCCCCCCUCCGCUGAAACAAAGGUAUUUUCACUUUACAAAAGAAAAAAUUGCUGAACUUAAAGCAAAGGCCAACAAUGAAAUGGGCACCGAUAGGAUCUCAUCUCUGCAAGCACUCUUGGGUCAUUUUUGGCGAUCUGUGACUCGCAGUCGGUGUCUGGAGGCCGAUGAAGAGGUUAAGCGCAGGAUUGCUAUAGGUACAAGGCAAAGGAUGCAGCCUCCAUUGCCAAAACAGCACUUUGGGAAUGCGGUGGAAUCGGAGAUUGUCACAAGCACUGCAGGGGAACUGAUAGAACAUGGACUCGGCUGGGCGGCUUGGCGCAUAAACAAUGUGCUUGCUUCAAAGACGCCACAUGAGGUGAGAAAGUUCUUAGAUGAAUGGGUGAAAAAUCCUAGGAUGGUGAACUAUAGUGGCCCCAUAUGUAACACCUUGCUCUUAGGAAGCUCCCCACGGCACAACGUGUAUGGUAAUGACUUUGGUUGGGGAAAACCCGUGGCAUUGCGAAGCGGUGCUGGGACUAAAUUUGAUGGGCGGUUACUUGUGUUUCCUGGUAAGGAAGAGGGUAGCAUUGAUUUUGAAGUUUGCCUUUUGCCUGAGACUCUAGAGGCUAUGGGAGAGGAUGCAGAGUUUAUGGAGGCUGUGGCUACAUGAACUUAUAAUUACUUAUGGCCAACUAUGGUGGCUUUACUUGGGUUAGUCCAAAUUGGUUCAUUCCAAGAACUGGAUGCUUCUCUUAAUUUUUUGUCGUCUCACUACCACUGUCAAUUUACUUUCUUGGGAUCUUUUGCUCAACAUUUUAUUGUUUUGUGUUUGCAUUUAUUUCUUGCAGAUUUCUUAACCAUCAUUUUUGUCAAACUUAUUCAGUUCAAUGGAUCAUUCCCUUGUACUGAUUAGAACAAAGAAAUUUGUUGUAAACGGCGACUAUCUAUAGACUUUCUUAGGUCUUCUAGAUUCUCAGUUUAGAAUAAUGAAAAGGUGUUUUGGCAACUUGCUCUCAAUAAAGAUUUCCCUUGAUUA